GGGGCAGCGCGGCAUGGCGGCGCGAGGCCGGUGAGCGGGGCCGGGAGGAGCGGGCUGUGUCCUGGGCACGGGGUCGGGGCUCGGGGCUCGGGGCGGGGGCAUGGAGGGGCUCUCGGGGGAGGAGCUCGUGGUGCUGCCGGCACGCACGCAGAGGCGAGGCGUGCGGUGCGGUGCGGUGCGGUGCGGUGCGGUGCGAGCGAGUGGUGCGGGGGCCGGGGGGCAGCUUCGUGUCAGGGCAGGAGGUGCGAGCGUGCAGCUGUCAGUCCGGCCUCGGGAUGCUGCGUUCAGGGAGGCGCAGCGGGCGGCGUGGCGGGUGCCAAGGCGUGAGUCCCCGGUGUGCUUUGGUCGUCCUUGGAACGUCGGAGCGUAGGCAGCCGGUUUGCACGGGGUUGAAGCUGAGAGCCGAAGCGCUCACAGUGCGGGCUUGGGAGGCUUGUAGGAGUGGGGCCGUUUCUUGUUGCUCGAGUUGAGCUGCAGCGAUGUGAGGAGAAGGAGCGGUGUUGGUGCGGAGUGCGAGGGCGGUGUGCUGUGGCACGUGCGAGCUUGUGGCAGAGGCAGGUGGUGAAAGUGGCCGUGGUGGCUGCUGGCAGCCUGCGUGAGAGCUGUCGGUGCUGGUCCCGUUGCUGGGGUUGGUCGUGGCGUGCAGAGAAGCGAAGCGGGAGAAGGAAGGGUGGCUUGCGGGAUCCGAGGAGGGGAUGUUGUGUUUUGGGCGUGUGCGCGUGCGUUCGUUUUCCUGCUGUGGUUGGUGUUUCAGGUGUGUGAAUGAGGAGUCCCCGUGGGCAUGUGUGGCAAGCAAAGGCCAGGUGAGGAAUGGAGCGAGCCGCGUGGGUGCCGUGUUGGACCGAGGGAGUGGCCAGGGCUGAAGGUUUGUGUGGAUGUACUUUGUGUGGAUGUCCCAGAGCGGGCCGAGUCAGGGCUGAAGUUUUCGGUGUCUGUGUUUGUUGCCUGGGAAGGGCUGCGUUGGUAGGCUGGGGGGAGGGAGAGGGAGAUGGAGAAGUGCCAGCAGUCAGGAGCACGUCACGUUUCUGCCUGCUCUGUUGAUGCAGUUCUAAGCCUGUGGAUGGCUUGUGACUAAUGCUGCUGCAAGCCAGUGAGGAUGGGCGAGGCAGCGUGGCCCCGUGUGUGUUGCAGCGUUCCGCGCGGGUUUUGAAUGUAACGCGAGUGCUUUGCAUCCAAGCGCAGUCGGAUUGGACGUAUGGAUGGUGAGUAGAGGCUGAACGCCCAGAGGUGACGCGCAAGAAGAGGCGCUGGAUGCUCCCGUGGCAAGCAGGGCUUCUGUCUCGCAGGAGGCAGGCGUAGUCAGGUGCGCUUUGGAGCCUGCUGUUGUUUGCACUGGCCUCAGGAGAUGCCAUCACAGCGAGCGGCUGUGUGCUGCGUGUCCCAGGCUGAGAAGGGGAUUCCCUUGUGGAAGGAGGGCGAGGGUGAAGGAGGCUGAGGGCCCUUUUGUCGGGGCCGGCUCCUGUGUGCCCUCUUGCUGGCCGGAGAGAAGGGCUGCCCGCUGGGCACAGGGAGCGCCUUCUACCUGGCGUCCCGUGCCCUGUCCUGCAGCCCCCUCCUCCUCCUCCGUGGAAGGCCACUGCCAGCAGUGCGGCUGCCAUUUUAGAACCUUCGCCAUGUCCCAGCUGUCACCUUGGUCACCGCUGCCCCACGCAACGCACUCGCCUCGGAGUGCUCUGGCGGUUGAGAGCCAUGUCAGGCACGAAGAGAGCGAGAGGGGACGAUUGCCCUAUUGUAGGUGGGAAGAGGGAGCUGGGGGCCCCAGAAGCGAAGAGGAGGAGGGGGCCCGCCAUGACCAUCAAGCGGAGGAGGGGCAGGAGAGUGCGUUUCCAUCGCACCUGGACCAGCAGCGUGAGCACCACCGUGGAGCCCAUGGAGGUGGAUCCACCUCCGGAAGAGCCCAUGGAGGUGGAUCCACCUGCAGAAGAGCCCAUGGAGGUGGAUCCGCCUGCGGCAUAGCUGGCCUGGCACCACACCACCGUGCCAGGCCCCGCAUCGGCGCCGUCACAGCUCCGCCAUCGCUGGUCCAGGCGCUCGGCUCCUUACCCGCUGCGCGGCCCCCGCCCCCAGCAUUAGCUGGGUGGCAUUAUUUAACAUCUGGUCCUCCUCUGGCGCCGAGUUCUGCGGGCCCCCAGUCCCCUCUGAGCCCCGUUCUGUCCCCGUCCCCGUUCUUGUUGAUGUUAGUGUUAAGUUUAGUUUUAGUGGUAGGAGUAGGUUGUUGUUUGUAUUUUAGAGUUAGGUAGGGGUUCUUGUUGUUAUGUUAGUGUUAGGAGUAGAUUGUUGUUGUUGUUGUUGUUGUUACUUUAGAGUUAGGCGUAGGUUGCUGUUCUUACUUUAGUGUUAGGCAUAGGUUAGUGUUGUGUUGGUACUUUUGAGUUAGGCGUAGGUUCCCCCUCUCGACUGGAAGCGCACAGUGCUCACUCGGUAAGCACGCGUCUGCUGGAUGAUGCGAAGGCUGCCGUGAGAACGGAGGUCUGCUGGCACCUGCGAUUCAUUGCAUUUCCAUGUGGUGACUUUUCUGUUGCAGAGUGUCGGGGAGCAGAGUGUGAGUGGCUGUGCCAUUCAGGUGGGGCUCGGCAGAGCAGCGGAUAACUGUGUCCCGAGGUUCCUGCGCGGCCAUUGCAAGGUAGGCGUGCCGUACGGUAAGCGUGCGCUGAGGCAGUGUUGGUUAAGCACAGCUCAUUGCUCUGUCUCCAACAGGUGGGCUUUCUGCGUGCCUUAUUGCUGCGGUUGGCGUUGUACGGCACAGCAGCAGCACGGCCGUGAGUGCAUACGCGAGAAAAGAAAGCAGCCUCCUUGAGAGCAGCAGAGCAGCAGGCUGUGUGCGCUAUGGCUGCUGAAGUGCAUGGUUUCUCGCCUCCGGAGAUCCCUGAGCCCACGCUGCUGGAGAACGUGCUGCGCUACGGCCUCUUCUUUGGAGCCGUUUUCCAGCUUGUGUGUGUGUUGGCCAUAAUCCUGCCAGUUUCCAGGUCCCCAGAGACAGAGUCGGUGGGUUUUGAGCCUAAGACUUUGGAGGCAGUGAAGAAACCAAAGGCGGCAAGUGCUGCCCAGCUGAGCAAGAAAGCCAAGAAGGAAAGCAAAAAGAAGCGGUGAGGGCUUGACCGAUAAGCCCCAAAGGACCAAAGGAUCACCUGGACCGCUUCCUCAGAGGUGCACCAAAGGCGGUGGACUGUAUGGUGUGGUUUUGUGGCACGGCCGUGCUUUGCCUUUGGUGGACAGUGGAGAGGAAGUAAGAAGCUGGACGGGAAGGGCUUCUGAUGCGUUCCACGCAAAGAGGACUCCACGUAUGCAGGAGGUCCUGUAUGGCAGGAGCUGGAGACGCUGUGUUCCUUCGGGUUGUGUCUCUUCAGGGCCAGGGGCGGUGUAGUGUUUGCUUGGGACGUGGCUAGACGGGACUGGAGAGAGAAGUGGUGACAGAGCCACAGAGUCUGUGUAAGGCAGCGGGAGCUUCCUGCUGGCAGCUCACGUCUUGGUUUGUCUGGUCCCAAAUGAGUGAAGGGGAGGAGAAGCUGCUGCGUUCAGAGCAGCUUUGAGGGCUCAGCGUGGCUUUGAAGGAAAGGGUUCUGUGGCGGGGCUGCAAGGGUCUGUGCAUCGUUUUGCAUGCCCAGGUUGCCAUCCUCACUUGACAAAUGCGUUGUGAGGCCCGGUAGGGUAGCAGUGCUGUGCUGGGUCUGUUCUCUGCCAGAAGCCUAAGGGCAUAUUUGCUGGAACCGCUGGUUUGAGAAGGACCGUGUUUGCUGCUCUCCGUUGCUGUUGGUGGAUGAGUCAGGUGGGCAGCAUGAGGAGAAGAGAAGUGAAGGUGCCUCUGGCAGCUUUCUUUGAAAUCAGGCAGUGGGUUCAGAAGUUCAGAGAGAGGGACAGGCAAGCAGAGAGAUGGAGACGCCACUGCCGCGUAAGCCCUGUUUCCACGGUAGUCAAGCUGAAGGGGCAUAUACUGAAAUGGUAUUUUUUCAGGGAUUUGAAAGGCAGAGGAGUAGAUUCUGCAAAGUGCAAAAGUUGCAGAAUUUCAUGACAGGAAAAGCUAUGGAUGAGAGUCUGGAAUGCUAAAACUCUCCCUUCCAUUUUAAGAGAGAAAAUGAGGGAAGAGCUCCAGUGCUUGACCUCCUCAAAGAAACUCUGAGCACAGGUGAUGGCUUACAGGGAGGAGACAAAGAGCAGCUCCUCCAGCUGUGUUCCUAUAGCUGGUGCAUUUCGUGUGUGUGAGCCACUAGGGCAAACUACGGAUGAAAAGCCCCCCAAAUGCCUCUGAGUGUCGGUGUGCCUUUAUCCCCGUUUCCUCGCUUGUCUCUGUCUGGGCUGUCCUUGGGCUCCGAUGGGGAAGAAGUGCUUAUGCACUGCAGACCUCAAUGGGGCCUGCGUCUCGAUUAGGGCCCCUAGCAACUAUCGCAUACCACGCAAAAUGAGUCGUUUAACAGAAGAGCCCCCGGCCUCUCAGCUGGGACACGUGUGGGGCUAUUUAUUCACGCUGCCAGUCAGAGUCUUGGAGCGGCGCAGUUUUAUUCCCAGCUCUGACACCAGGCAAGGAGGCGAUAAGGUGUCCCCAGAGUAAGUUGGAAGUGGUUUGGGGGCUACCCCUCCGUCAGGGUCAGACGUUUACAGCGAGGAAGGCUACAGGCCUUCAUCCAACGACCACCAGGAGGAGACCCCCCAGUGCUCAUGAGGCAUGCGCGACGGGGGAGGGAGCGUAUGCUGAGGAGUUCUCGGAAAUGGAAUGAGUAUGUAUAUGAAUUCCGGGAAAAUGAUGGAUUAUGUAUUAGCUCUGCCUGUAUCUCUACCCAGUUUUUGUCGCGAUGGCGUGCAAGUGAGGAGGAGCUAUCCCCCUUGCGUCCGGCUCUGGGCAGCAUUGAUGAAAACAUAGCUGAUUUUAUAACUAGCUGCUUUGUGGUUAUGGAGUUUGAUUCCGCAAGUCAGCACAGAGCGUGUGAGACAAAAGCACUCCAAAGUUGCUUGGAGAUGUCGGGACAAAGAAAGAUGCCAGAAAUGUCCCACAGCAACAGUAAAGACUAAUGCUGAGCGGUGAGUUUCCGUGAAUGAGGAUGGUAGUUGUUUUAUUUGCUCUUGUCUUCAGAUGGGUUCUGUUGCUUUCUUCUAACACAAGUACAAAUACUGAGAGAGUGAAGCACACAUGAGCCAAACUACAGCAGGAGUGCUUCCCCAGCCAAGGGCUGGUCAGUGAUGAGCCCUGUGUGGCUGUUAACUCAGAACAGCGGGCUUCUCCUUCUGUGGGAGCUGAGGCUGAAUGACUCCUUGUUAAGUGGAAUUCCUGGAUCAUGGGGUUUCGUUUGGGGGGGGGCGGGGGGAGAGGUGAGAUUGUGGGAUUGUGGGAUCUAUUUGCUGUUGGUUGCUAACAGCUCGAUACCUGUUUCAAUCUGUUGAUUAUUAGCAGAACUUCCAGUGUGCCUUUAGUAAUUACACGUUUUAGUUCCUGUUGAAAUGUAUACUAAACUAACUACAACGGGAAAAUCUUUGUUUAAAAUAAAAAGAAAAGUAACUAUGAAAUCA